CCAACCCCCCCAAGCAAAUACAACAACUAAUUCUAAUAAAGCAGCCGUGCCGGUACUGACCCCGAAAGCAGCCAGUGUCCAAUCAGAAAACAAAAAAGAAAUAUGCAAAUGAAAUGUAUCACGUUAGUCGGAGCGCUGAGGUCGACUCCGUACUAAACUUCGCAAAUAAUCAUUCUUCAUAAAUACUUCCUUUAGAGCCGGCCUUUCCUCUGGAACUUUUUAGGUGCUGCAUUACAGAGAUGUCUGCAUGACUUAAGUGGAUAGAAAGUGACAUGCAAUGGAUUAGUUGUUGAAUGGUUUAAGAAGUACCACUACCCACUGCAGAACAGCUGAAGUGAGCACACUUGGAACAAAGUGUUGAUUACUGCCAAGCAGUAAAUGCAUCAAGAUGACUGAUCCCAUCAUGGAUUUUUUGGAUGAUGCCAAUUUGUUUGGUGGAGGACUGGAAGGAUUGACAGACGACGGAUUUUCCCAAGCUGGACCAGUUUCAUUGGUUGAUGAACUAAACCUAAGUGCAGAUUUUGAACCUUUGCAGGUUGAGCCAUUACAUCAUGUAUCAGAGACACAGACACCGGAAAAAAUUAACUUUGAGCAGUUACAGACAUUUGAUUCAUUAAAACUUCAUCAGGUGAACCAGCCAUUUAAUUUGGUGGGCAGCGGUAAUGAGACUGGUGUUCUGUCUCCACAUUCCCAAUUUCAUUGUUCACCUGAUCAUCAAAAUCAGACAAAUGGGCUGUUUCCUUCUGCCCAUAAUGAGAAUAGUGCUCAGUCAUUUGUCGAUGGAAGUCCAAUGUGGGGUCACCAAAGCCCCAUUUCCAAUCAAAAUGGGUCACCAUUCCAUACCUUGCAAGGACAUUCACAGUCCAUGCAGCAGAUGACCCCUUUUUUAACGCACCAUGAUUUUGCUUUGCAUCAGUCGAACCAACAACAGCAGCAACCUGCAUCAGUGCAGCCCCAGCAGAGUAUAAACCAUUUCACUACAGGACAGAAAACUCUAAAUCAAGGCAAUCAGUUCAUGGGUGUCCAUGGAUCGGCUUCAUCUCACAUGACUCGCAUUGGCCAACCAACUACAACUGUUAGCUCAUCCACUCAGCACCCUGCUACAGUGCAGCAGUUUAACCAACCAGCCACCACUGUGAAUCCCGUACAUCCCAUUAGAUUCACUGGUAGUGCCAAUCAUGGUGGUGUACAUCAGAAUAUCAGCUUUUCAAGCUCUUCGCGAGAAAUGACGACUUGCUCUAUCAACAAUUCAAACCAGUUUACCCCUCAGUAUUCCUAUCCUAACAACAACCUGGCUAAUGGCAACAAUUUGACAUCUACUACAAUGCUUUCUACUCAUCAGGCAACCCAGGGCAUGACUUGCUUUCCUGGGAGUGAUGCAUUCACAGUGCCAGCAGGGACCAACCAGGAAUCAGUACAUCAUAUGCUCAGUCCCAACAGUCCCGCGAAACAAAAGAUCCUGCAGCCUAUGCAUUCUGUAAACACUCAGGGAAAUUUCAGUCCUUCAAGUAUGUCCUCUGUUCAAACUGAUGUGCCAAUAACAACCAGCUCAGUGUCUAAGGUGAGAAUUUCUAAUGUAUCAACUCAAAGGAAACCAACUGACAUUUCAUCACUCCAGGGAAAUCCACUUCCACAGUGUCAGACACAUCCCUUGACUAGGAUAGACACCGAAGAUGUUUUUCAGGACCAACUGUUAACAUCUUUUGAGAACUCUGGUCUGGGCCAGAGAGAUUCACCCCCUGUUCCAAGACCAAUGGUUCCACAACAAGUGCAACAGCAUCCGAACAUGCAACAGGAGAUGGUUAUCCAGCAUCAGAUGCAUCAAGAACCAACUACCGUCAGUCGCAUCCCUUCCCAACAUUGGCAACAAUCGAUAGCAGGCCAGCAUCGGCCGACAAAGGGAUCUGUACAGUUGACCGUGCAGCGGCAGCCACCUUCCUCCCAGACCACUGUUGAUGGUUCUAGUCCACAAGCGAAGCAGGUUGUCAAGUUACAGAAUGCACAGCUGAUGACUGGAAACAAACAGAAAAAGAAGGAAAUGCAGAAUAAGCAAGAGAAAGCUAAUCGGAUCAUAUCAGAAGCAAUAGCUAAGGCAAAGGCACGUGGGGAGCAGAAUAUUCCCAGAGUUGUAAACCCAGCCUGUUUGUCCACUGGGUCUGCUCGAAAGGAAGAAAGGAAGUCAGGAAAAGGCAAAGCAAAACAGAAGGAUAAAGAUUCAAAGAACUCUAGAACCAGUUUAUGUUCCAAGCCAAAGGAUAUAGCAAAAAUAAGCAAAAUCAUAAUCACGUUGGGCAAGAAAAAGAAAAGGAGGAAUGAUUUGUCAUCAGAGGGGUUGGACUCUGAGCAGAUCUCCACCCCAUCAAUAAAGAAAAGAAGGAAUGACUUGUCAGCAGAGGGAUCUGAUACUGAACAGAUUCCCACCCCAUCAAUAAAGAAAGAACCCAUUGCUGGAUGCCAGAAAAGACGAUCGAACAGACAAGUAAAAAGAAAGAAAUAUAAUGAAGACACUGGGACGAAGGUUUCUGAUGAUGAUGAUGGCCUUGCUGCUAAAGGGAAAACCAGGGCUGGUGUGGUUCUACCUGCCGAGCAACCCGUGCAGUUAUUUGUGGAAAACCCAAGUGAAGAAGAUGCUGCAAUUGUGGAUAAAAUUAUGGCCUCAAGACUAGUUAAAAAAGAGGUGGCCAAUGGACAUAUGGCUGAUGUUGAAGAAUUUUUUGUUAAGUACAAAAACUACUCAUAUCUGCAUUGUGAAUGGGCCACAGAAGCAGAGUUGAUGAAAGACAAAAGAAUACAUCAGAAAGUGAAACGCUUUAAGAUUAAACAGGCACAGAGAGGCCAUUUCUUUGCAGCGAUGGAUGAUGAGCCAUUCAAUCCAGACUAUGUUGAAGUGGAUAGAAUAUUGGAACACUCGUGUUGUGAAGACACGGACACUGGCGAGGCCGUUGUUUACUACUUGGUUAAAUGGUGCUCACUGCCAUAUGAGGAUAGUACCUGGGAGCUUAGAGAAGAUGUAGAUCAAGCAAAGAUUGAGGAGUUUGAACGGUUGCAGCAGGCAAAACCUUCCCUAAAGCGUGUGGAGCGACCUCCUCCCACUGUUUGGAAGAAGCUUGAAAAAUCCAGGGAAUACAAGAUUGGUAAUGAGCUCAGGGAGUACCAGUUGGAAGGGGUUAAUUGGCUCUUGUUCAACUGGUAUAACAGGCAAAACUGCAUUCUUGCUGAUGAAAUGGGUUUAGGCAAGACCAUCCAAUCUAUUACAUUCCUUGAUGAAAUCUGUCUGACUGGCUUGAAUGGCCCUUUUCUCAUCAUUGCACCUUUGUCUACAAUUGCAAACUGGGAAAGAGAAUUUCGCACAUGGACAGACCUGAACGUCAUCGUUUAUCAUGGCAGUAUGAUCAGUAGACAAAUGAUUCAACAGUAUGAAAUGUACUUCCGGGACUCAGAGGGCCGGAUCCUUCGGGGAACAUACAGAUUUAAUGCCAUGAUAACUACUUUUGAGAUGAUCCUGGGUGGCUGUCCGGAACUGAACGUAAUUGAGUGGCGCUGUGUGAUCAUUGAUGAGGCUCACAGACUGAAAAAUAAAAACUGCAAAUUAUUGGAAGGACUGAAAAUCAUGAAUCUGGAACAUAAGGUACUUCUUACGGGAACUCCAUUACAGAACACGGUGGAGGAGUUGUUCAGUUUGCUCCACUUCCUGGAGCCUCAGCGUUUCUCAUCAGAAAAUACAUUCAUGCAGGAAUUUGGAGAUCUAAAGAGUGAAGCACAGGUGCAAAAGCUUCAGGCAAUAUUAAAGCCCAUGAUGCUGCGGCGUUUAAAGGAGGAUGUAGAAAAGAAGCUGGCUCCUAAAGAGGAGACCAUCAUUGAAGUAGAACUAACCAAUAUUCAAAAGAAAUAUUAUCGUGCAAUCCUGGAAAGAAACUUUACUUUCCUAUCCAAAGGAGCUGGACAGGCAAAUGUGCCAAAUCUCGUCAACACAAUGAUGGAGCUUAGAAAGUGCUGUAAUCAUCCCUACCUUAUAAAAGGUGCUGAAGAAAAGAUUCUCGGAGAGUUCAGAGAGAUACACAGUCCAACUGUUCCACAUUUUCAUCUACAAGCAAUGAUCCAGUCAGCUGGUAAACUGGUCUUAAUUGACAAGCUGCUUCCAAAGAUGAAAGCAGGGGGUCAUAAAGUUCUUAUUUUCUCCCAGAUGGUGCGCUGCUUGGAUAUUCUUGAGGACUAUCUUAUUCAAAAAAGGUACCCAUAUGAGCGCAUUGAUGGGAGAGUUCGGGGAAACCUGCGACAAGCAGCAAUUGACCGAUUUAGCAAGCCCGACUCUGAUCGUUUUGUGUUCUUGCUGUGCACAAGAGCUGGAGGUUUAGGGAUAAAUCUAACUGCAGCCGACACGUGUAUUAUUUUUGAUUCGGACUGGAAUCCUCAGAACGACCUUCAGGCUCAAGCUCGAUGUCACCGGAUUGGUCAGAACAAAGCUGUGAAGGUUUAUAGGCUGAUAACUCGAAACUCUUAUGAGCGGGAAAUGUUUGACAAGGCCAGCCUGAAGCUAGGUCUUGACAAAGCUGUGCUGCAGAGUAUGAAUGGACGAGAAAAUACCGUUGGUGGGAUGCAACAGAUGUCCAAGAAAGAAAUUGAAGACUUGCUUCGCAGGGGUGCAUAUGGUGCAAUUAUGGAUGAAGAAGAUGAAGGUUCCAAGUUUUGUGAGGAGGACAUUGAUCAGAUUCUUAUGCGACGUACGAAAACAAUUACUAUUGAAUCUGAAGGGAGAGGCUCAACAUUUGCCAAGGCAAGUUUUGUUGCAUCAGGCAACAGAAGUGACAUUGCUUUGGAUGAUCCUAACUUUUGGCAGAAAUGGGCAAAGAAAGCAGAAAUUGAUCUUGAAGCCAUACAUGGAAAGAACAGCUUAGUAAUUGACACCCCAAGAGUAAGGAAACAAACCAGACCUUACAAUGCUGCUAAAGAUGAACUGGCAGAACUAUCAGAGGCAGACAGUGAUGGUGAAGAUCGACCCAAACUACGUAGGCCCUAUGACCGAUCUCAUGCGUAUGGAAGAACAGAGUGCUUCAGAAUUGAGAAGAACCUGCUGAUUUAUGGGUGGGACCGCUGGAAGGACAUCUUAUCACAUGGGCGGUUCAAGAGACGACUGGUGGAACAGGACGUAGAGACAAUUUGUCGAGCGCUCUUAGUGUACUGCCUUGCUCACUACAGAGGAGAUGAAAAAAUAAAGAGUUUUAUCUGGGAUCUCAUUACCCCAACGGAAGAUGGACAAACAAAGGAACUACAAAACCACCUGGGCUUGUCUGCACCAGUUCCGAGAGGCCGGAAAGGGAAGAAGGUAAAGAUCCAGGGAAGCACAUUUGAUAUGCAGAAGGCUGAGUGGCUUAGGAAGUAUAAUCCAGAACACCUGCUUCAAGAUGAAGGCUACAAAAAACAUUUAAAACAUCACUGCAAUAAGGUGCUUUUGCGAGUAAGAAUGCUGUAUUAUCUGAAGCAAGAAGUAAUUGGUGACCAAUUGGAGAAGGUGCUUGAUGGAGUGGAUGCAAGUGAGAUUGACAUUUGGGUUCCUGAGCCUGAACAGUCUGAGAUUCCUGCCGAAUGGUGGGACACAGAUGCUGACAAAUCACUGCUCAUUGGAGUCUUCAAACAUGGUUAUGAGAAGUAUAACACAAUGAGAAAUGACCCAGCACUCUGUUUCUUGGAGAGAGUUGGCAAACCUGAUGAGAAAGCAAUUGCAGCAGAACAAAGAGGGAAUGACACCUUUGCUGAUGGUGCAGAGGGGUACGGUUACUCUCAGUCAACAUGGGAUGGUGAAGAUCCAGAAUAUAAACCAACUCAACCAUUAUUCAAGGAUGAAUUGGAGGAUGUUGCAUCUUCUCCAGGAGAUCUAAUGAUUACGGAUGGUUCUUUGGGAGAGGGUGAUCUGCUCUAUUGGCCACCAGCAUCCGCCUUAACAACCCGCCUGCGUCGACUUGUAACUGCGUAUCAGCGGAGUAACAAGAGAGAACAGGUUAAACAGGAAGCCCAAACAAAAGGGGACAGGAGACGAAGACUGUGUGCAGAUACUGUAAAAGCUAAAGAGGCGGCUAAAAUUGAGAAGCAGCAAAGGUGGACAAGACGAGAAGAAGCUGAUUUUUACAGAGUUGUGUCCACUUUUGGCGUUGUUUAUGAUCCAGACAAGCAAAAAUUUGACUGGACCAAAUUCCGAGCAAUAGCCAGGCUGAAUAAGAAGACGGAUGAGAGUUUGCAGAAGUACCUUUAUGCUUUCGUUGCCAUGUGUCGAAGAGUUUGUCGCCUUCCCCCCAAAGAGAAAGAAGAACUUCUCGAUCCACCCAUUUUCAUACAACCUAUCACAGAAGAGCGUGCUUCCAGGACACUGUAUCGGAUUGAGUUACUCCGAAAAGUGCGGGAACAAGUCCUUCGCCACCCACAACUUGACGAGCGGAUAAAACUGUGCCAGCCGGGCCCAGACCUGCCUGAGUGGUGGGAGAGUGGAAAACAUGACAAGGAAUUACUCAUCGGAGCAGCCAAGCACGGCGUCAGCAAGACCGAUUAUCACAUUUUCUGUGAUUCGGAGCUUUCCUUCAUGUUAGCCCAAAGAAACUGUAGCCAGAACAAAAUAGCCCGAUCUAGAAGUUCAACGCCACUCCUACAUCAUCAGUACCCAUCCUCUUCCUCGCCUCUUCACUUACUGCCCAAGGUGCAGGACAAAAAAAGUCAGCUCGAGACUGAAACUGUAAGAUGUGAAAGGACUGCUGUUGUCAAGAAGGAACCAGAUUCGUCUGAUGAUGAAGAUGCAAUGGACGUUGAAGUUAAGAGUAAAGUCAAAUCGGAACAUUUCAUGGGUGGCUUGCAGGUGCAGAACAGAUUAGACAAGAAAACUGGGAUUAAAUUGGACCCUGAUCCUGAUGGAUGUAUGGUCGCAGCAAGGACUCAGCCCCUUACACCAAACUCAGUGCUCAACAAACGAAAAACAAACCAACAACGUUCUGAUUCAAGCUCUGACUCGGACUCGGACUCGGACAAUUCUUCGUCUUCGUCACCUUCAUCGUCAUCUUCGUCUUCCUCGUCCCAGUCUUCAUCCUCCUCCUCCUCCUCAUCGUCGUCCUCUUCAUCCUCCUCCUCCUCUUCGUCCUCCUCCUCCUCCUCAUCAUCAUCAUCGUCUUCUGAUGAUAGCGACAGUGACAGCGAUGAUAAGCAGACAGCAGCAGGGAGUAAAGCACCGCAGCACUUGAAGCCCUAUGAUGAAGAUAGUGUAGCGUCUCUCAGUAUUGCACACGAUGAGACACAGGACAGCUUCCUACCAGACAGUGGAAAGCCUGAUAUUCAGUUCCUGCAAGAAAGGCAUAGGUUUGCUGCCUCCUGCUGGCCAAAGGAUCGUGUAAUGAUCAACAGAAUUGACAGCAUAUGCCAUGCAGUGUUGAAAGGAAAUUGGAUUCCGUCAAGAAGAAGUUAUGAUUACAACGCUGUGACCUCUUCUUAUACAACAAAAUUACUCGAUAGCCCUUCUGCCAUGGGAGAUUUCAGCGAUUCUGCUGUUGUUACAUCAGGAAGCCAGGGUGUUAAAGAAGAUAAUUCUCUUUUGUCGCAGUUCACAAAGGUGAAGAAGCAUGUGCGAGAAAAGGAGUUUACAGUGAAAAUCAAUGACGAAAGUGGAUUGAAGUUAACUUUUCAGAAGCAAAGACUCAGUCAGAAGAGAGCUCUUGAGACCGAAGAAGGAACUUCAGAUCAGCAGCAAUAUAUGGCACAGCUGCAUGAUUUGUAUUCUGCUCCUGACAGCAGUCAGGAAUUGGCUGUGGACAUCUCAAAAUCAUUGCUGGGAGCUGGGAGCUCCAUUCCCUUGUCGUCCUCGAUGUUAUUCAAUGCCAAUUUACCUGGCAGCAUCUCCACAGUGCUCCCUCAUCCUAAGUCAACAGUAGCAGGUGCUUCUCAGCAGAUUACAAGACACUGUACAAAUGGGAUACUAUUGGAUGCCCAGCCAAUUGUUAAAAAGAGAAGAGGAAGGAAAAAGAAUGUGGAAGGAUUGGACAUCCUUUUCAUGAACCGGAACAAAUCAUUACAGUCUGGUAAUGUUGAGUUAACCAACACACAAACAGCAUUUAAUGCAUCUCAUGGACAACUUGAUGCUGAAAGUCAUGUCUCAGUUAUUAAUGUGAAAGAUGGCACAAGACUCGCCGGGGAAGAUGCUCCAAAAAGAAAGGAUUUGGAGGAGUGGCUCAAGGACCACCCGGACUAUGUGGCAGAUGUGACAGCCCACGUUCCAAAAAUCAACAAACCUGAGGUUGUGAGCGAGCGACCAAAGCAAAAAAGACAUCGGUGCAGAAACCCUAACAAAAUAGAUGUCAAAAGUCUGACUGGAGAAGAACGUGUGCCUGUUAUAAAUCGGAGAAAUGCAAAGAAGAUGGGUGGCUCACUAGCUCCUCCAAUUAAGGACCUGGCAAGGUGGCUGCAGGAAAAUCCAGAUUUUGGAAUUGCUCCAGAAUGGACAAAUGUGGUAAAGCAGUCAGGGUUUUUACCAGCAAAUAUGUUUGACCGCAUCCUCACUGGACCUGUUGUCCGAGAGGAGGUUAGUCGAAGAGGCAGACGUCCAAAGAGCGAGCUCACCAAAGCCGCAGCUGCAGCCGCAGCUGCAAUGACAGUCAAUCCUUUGGUCACCAAUGGACUCCUUGCUGGAAUGGACUUAAACAGCCUCCAAAGCUUGCAGCAGAAUCUCCAGAACUUACAAUCUUUCCAACUGACAGCAGGAUUAAUGGGAUUCCCGGCAGGCCUGCCCUCUGCAGGAGGAGACACGAAAUCCCUGGCUUCGAUGUUCCCCAUGAUGCUUUCUAACAUGGCGGGGUUUGGAAUGGGAGGAUUGUUGAACAAACCCUCUGAAUCUGGUCCGGAGGAUAAGAAGGGAAAUGGCGCCAUGGACUCCCUCAAACCAACAGAUGGGACAAAUGAAAGGACAGAGAAACAAAAUCUGGAUGUAUGUAGUGAACUCCCUGUGUUAAGUUCUGCUACAUCCUCUCCUAAGAAGCUGACACCAACCACAAGUGCUUCUGCCUCAGCAACAGCCGGCAGUCCUCUGGCUAUGAAUCCACUGUUGUUGUCGAGCAUGCUUUAUCCGGGCAUUCUACUGUCUCCAGGCCUUAACAUACCAAUCCCAGGAUUCCCUCAGACCAAUAUGUUUGAUGUGCAGACUAAUAAGAACACAGAUGUAGCCAUGUCCAAACCUACAAUAGAGGCUGCAGAGCAUCAGGAGGGAGCAGAACACAGCUCUUCACAUGAAAAUAGUGGGGAUGAUGCAUCUGAGAAAGCAGCAUCUUCAUCUACCAGUGACAAUACAACUCAGCCAGAUGAUUCAGGGUCCAGUGAAGAAGACUGAACUUGAAAUUAUAUAUUUAAUCUUACACUGGAACAGCUUCAUCCUGGUCAUAUUAAUGGUUCAUUUGUAAAUAAACCCGGUGAUGGUUUGAGAAAAACAAACUCAUCUGUAAUUAACUGAAAGGGUUUUAGUAUCUAUUUAAAAGGUACAAAUAUUUAAAAAGGUACCUUGCAUGUAAAGUUGUUUUUGGAGGCUAACAGAACCCAAGUGUGCGCUCAGUUGUAACACACUGAAGCAUCACAGCGCUAGUUGUUAAUUUUUUUUUAGGGGAUUAAUUUUAAAUAAAAGAAAUAUGCACCAGGAGAGCCGUAUAUUUAAUAUAUUUGGUGUGAACUAGGGAAAAUGAAAGUACCUUUAUGCAUAUCGUAUUAAGUUACUGUAUAUAAACCCACAAACUCCUUGACACUCAUUUCAGUACACAGAUCAAACUGCAGGAGACACAGCAAUAACCCUGGCAGCUAAUGAAUGUCAUUAAAACUGUAGAAUAUACACCUUGAUAAUGCAACAUGGCAACAGUCAAAAUGGAAGUUCACAUUUUAUUGCUAAAGUGUUGUGAUGCACUGUCAGUUUUAAAAAUUCAGGUACACUUCUGAGUUACUUGGAAGAUUUUUUUUCCCAAUCAGCCAUAAAACUGGCUAUUUAUUUAUUACCUCAGCUGUGCUAGUUUAGAUGGUUUAAAGAAGUAGUUUCUAUAAUAUUCGCUUUGUUCGCAGUUUUGCAAAAUGUGGCAUUUAUUACAUUAUGUAGCUGGUUGUAGUGAGUGCUUUCACCUUGCAUGUGUUCUUUUAACAAUUAAAAGGGGGCAAGGCGUCAUGGGAAGUCAAACUGAUAAGUGCAGUAUAUUCUGCCUCGUCAUUCAUUUCAUGGGAAUGAUUAGUUGGUGUCUCAAUAUAUAGACAACAGAAAUAGGAAUUGUCCAAAAAGGGUACUUUGGUCCUGAUAACAUUAUCUAACUUUCUCUUUGUGGAUAUAUGAGGAGCUGUUCGGUAAAUUAACAGUGCAUUCCUGUCAAAAGUCAGUAUAGGAAGCACUGUGUUCUUCAAAUAAAAGUAUACAAGUAGAAGAGGAGGUGAUGAGUUUUAUUCUACAGUUUUCAGUGUUUAUUAUCACUGCAGAGCAGCAUAUUAGGUCACUGUAUUGAAAAAUGAAAUUGUUUCCACUGCAGUGAAACAAUGUUUGGCACACAUUGACAUCUUUCCAUGGGAACCAUGCCAUCUUUUGUUAGAAAGGGGUGUGUGUGCAGUACAAUUAAAUUUAGAUCCCCAGCAACUAUAAUGUACCAGCAUCAUAUAUCAAUUAACACUGAAAAGACUGCUUUAGGUUCAGCAUUCAGUACUGCUUUUGAGAAUUAAAUAAAUGUCUCCUGAUGCAAGAAGCUCACCAGGACAAUAGAACUAGUAGAAUAGAGUUCCAUUAUCUGUACAUCGCAGAAUUUCUUUGCUUGUGAAUUGUCUGUACAGUUCAAUUUAUUACACUAACGUAAAUGCACCAUCAUUUUAAUUUAAUACAAGGUUUCCCUCUUUGAAGUCAUUAAUGUGACUGGAAAAAUAAUCGUCAAAAGCUGGUAUUAAAUUGUGUAAAGCAGUGUUAUAUGCACAAGUACCCACAUGCUAGAAGCAAAAGGCAACUAUGCUGUUUGCAGUAUAGAGAAUUUAUAUUGGUUUUGCAGUUAGAAAUGUAUUUAGAGCAAGUUUACAAAGAGUGGUUUAGUAUGCAGUCAUUUUGUUUUUAAAGCUGUUAUAUCCGACUUUUUUUUUAAAAACCAGCUUUCAGAGACCAAUCUCAUUCACACCCUUCAAAAACUCAGUGCAAGCCACAAUUUUGCUGUAUGGGAUAUACUCCUAUUAGGUGUGUAACUGUUCAUUUUAAACGAGUGCAUGUGCAAGAGGAACAGAUGGGUCAGCACCAAAACAAAUUGAUUUGGACCUUGCUCUUCUAGACUAUUUAAUUAGCAUAUAGUAUGAUCUGUACAGUAUUUAAUGGACAUUAUCUAUUUCAUUGAUGAAAUGGGGGGGUAAAUUGCAGACCUUCAUGAAUAAAUUGGUAUUGUUAUACACCCUGCAGCCUUCCAUUCUAAACUGUGUAAGGUUUUAUAUGGAAUAAGAUUUUGACAGACAGAUAUGCUCCAAAGAAAUGAAUUGCACAUUUUGCCAGAUAGUUACAAGAAUCCAGUUUGAAAACAAUUGGUAAUUAUUAAAGAAAUUUGCAAUUUUAAUAUUCACAUCAAUCCUUAACAGUAGUUUAAAGACUGGAAUAUGUAGGAUGGUAUUUAGAUUUUUCAAAUACAAUUUGUACAUGCCACCUCAAAGGAUACCACAGCUUUAAAAAGUAUGCAGACUGAGUGAGAAUACUUCAAAUGUUUUUUACAGUAAUUUUGUAAUGCUAAAACACAGGCAGCAUUAAACUAAGUUAUAAUGUGCUGGUUUCUUUAUAUACUGAAUUGCUCCUUCUGUCUGAAACGAAGUAUUACUGUAUAUAAACAUCUUUCCCUGAGGUCUAGUAACUAAAGUAUUUUUGUCAUUACAUUCUUACAGUGGUGAGAUCUGAUAGACCAGAGCUUUCAAAAAUGUGUAAAAUGUCACAUUGUCUCCUUUUGCCUCCAGUUUAGAUUUAAUUUCCAUUUCUGUUUUUAAGAAAAACUGACUCAACAAUUGUGUUCAAUGAUACAACAUUGGUCCUGUUUUAAUACAAAAGAUUAUCCACAGAAGUUAUAGGAGACGACAACAAAUCAGUGACUGAUGCAGUGUCAGUCAACGUGAGCAAACACAAAAGGAUUACACUAAUAUUUGCUGCCAUUAACAGGAUCAGUGAUGAGUUGGUAAAUUGAAUAUGUGUAUUGGUAGUUAUGUAAGUCACACUUUGGUAGCUGCUCUGACCAUGUAUUUAAUUACAUUGCUGGAGGCUUGAUGAUUAAGUCUGUUUUUAUUUUGGACAAUUGCAGUACUUGCAGGUUGUAUUCUGUGUAGUCUGAAUUGGCUUUCUGUAGUACAAUGAGUCUUAAGUCAUUUGUAAUUUAUUGAAUUACUUUCUAUGAAGUUCUAUAGAGCAAAUGGAAGUUUAAUUAUUUUUAUUAAACCUAUUCUUUGACUACCCAU